GAGUAAGGAGCAGGACAGAGAAAGUAUGCUGCGGCUUGGAACAAUCAUUUACACAUAGGGGGAUUACUCAGAGCUGAACUGGGGAGGCAUAAUAAAGAAUUUUUAGUAACACUUCGAAUUUAGACUGAGCAGGGAACAGGACACAUUGCCAUUUUGCAUAUAUAUGUCCUAACAUGGACACUAUGCCCAUUCCAGGCAUUAGCAUUAGAAGCAGACUAGUGGCACAGGAGAUCUGAGCAGUGCAUGACACAGUAUAUGGGGCAUCCCUGGCAGCACGGUGACACCUAAGACACUUGUUCUGCACUGGAGCCAAAACCUGUAGCUUUCACUCUACCUGCCUGAUCUGAUCAGACUCUUACAUUCCCUGAAAUUGUAUCUGUGGUGCUGGAAAGGCAGCAGGUGUCCUCUUGUUCAGUGCCCUAGGCUGCCGGGCUCCUUACAUGCUGGAGUUUGAACAUGUACCGUGACUUCUGAAAGCGGAGACGAGAUGAUUCCCGAGCAGCCAAACCAUGUUGUAUCCACCAUCGAGAACCUGCCAGCUGAGAGCAUCUCUGCCAGCCCUGGCCUUCUACACAGGAUGAGGAAUGUGUUCAGCAGGGAGAUGCUGCUCUCUGUGGCUCUGGGCCAAGUGCUAUCCUUACUCAUUUGUGGCAUCAAACUAACCAGCAAGUACUUGUCAGAGGAUUUUCAUGCCAACACACCACUCUUCCAGAGUUUCCUCAAUUAUAUCUUACUGUUUUUGGUGUACACCACUACACUGGCUGUUAGACAAGGGGAGGAAAAUUUAUUGGCGAUCUUGAAAAGGAGAUGGUGGAAGUACAUGUUUUUAGGAAUCAUAGACAUAGAAGCCACAUAUUUGGUGGUAAAAGCUCAUCAAUAUACCACUUUCAUUAGUAUACAGCUACUGAAUUGUUUUGUCAUUCCCGUGGUCAUAUUACUUUCCUGGUUUUUCUUACUGGUUCGAUAUAAAGUUUUACAUUUCAUUGGUGCCAUUGCCUGCAUAUUAGGCAUUGGCUGCAUGGCAGGAGCUGAUGUCCUUAUGGGAAGGCAACAAAAAGAUGACUUCUAUCCAGGAGACAGCAAGCUGAUUGGAGAUGUUUUAGUAUUAGGAGGUGCUACACUCUAUGGAAUUUCGAGUGUAUGCCAGGAGUAUAUUGUAAGGAACCUAAGCAGGAUCGAGUUGCUAGGCAUGAUUGGCCUCUUUGGAUCAUUCUUCAGUGGUAUUCAGCUAGCAAUAAUGGAACACAAGGAGCUGUUAAAGGUACCAUGGGACUGGCAAAUAGGAUUACUCUAUGUCGGCUUCACUGCCUGCAUUUUUGGCCUCUAUAGCUUCAUGCCUGUGGUUAUCAAAAAAACAAGUGCCACGGCAAUCAACCUUUCUAUGUUAACAGCAGAACUCUACACUUUUUUCUGCGGCCUCUUCUUGUUCCAUUAUAAGUUUUCAGGCCUAUAUCUUCUCUCCUUCUUCACAAUCCUGCUUGGGCUUCUCUUCUAUUUCUCCACCAAUACGUACAUCGCCCAGGACCCCAGAGUGUACAAGCAGUUCCGUAACCCAUCUGGGCCAGUGGUUGAAUUGCCUUCUAGUGGACAGCAGGAGCCUUCAGUAACUUACACCAGUUUAAGCCAAGAAACAGAAGAGGAACCACGCGUGAGAGUUGCCUAAAGCCAAGCAUUAGUCCACCCACUGAAGAUUCAGUGGCAUCUGUUUGUCCAUUAUCUCUGUAUUGUGCAUAGAGAAAGGUAUAUAUCAGGUUCAGCUACCUGAAGGGACUUAAAAAAUAACAUCACAGAAACAUUUGGGAAGGAUGCCAGGAAUAUAAGCUUUUUUUUAUAUCUGAAAAGCUCUAUGUAUUCAAAUGUGAGGGAACACACAUUGAGGGUUAAUAAAAAAAAAGAGAAAAAUAGGUGAUAUUACCUCAAAGUUUACUUUUGCACAUGUCAUCAUGUGAUAUCUUGCCAAGUUAUUUUUUUGGAUAUUCAAAUAUACAAAAUGCAUUGUCACAGUCCUUGAAUUACAUCAUCACAUGGUUGCCUACUUGUUACUUAUCUAUAUGAGUGUUGUCCAUCUUCUUUGAUAGUCAGCUAACGGGAUGAAGAAAACAGACAAUAUCUUUACUAAAAGCAGGAGGGAGGCUGGGGCAAGUCUCUCUGCCUUUGAGUCAGCCUGAAGCCUACCAGAUGGAAAGCUCAUCUCUACAAAAAUAAAAGACAUUCCUAUAGUGUUACUGCCAGCUACCCAAGCUUUGCAGUAAAGACAUACAGAAAUCUUUGUCUAAAAAUUCAUUUAACCAAUUUUGUUUUGCAAUGAUGUGUUUUUUUUAAUCUGAAUUCCAUUGGCUGAGUAGAUUAUUUUUCCUGUCUAAUUUUUUAAAGCAGCUGAAGCAUUGACUGAGAGUUCUACUGAUCCAUAUGGUGGUGCUAUGAUAACAAUAUGCAGAAAAUAUCUGCAAUGCCAGUAUAUGGUAUAUUACAUAACUGUUUCUAGUGAACUGCUUUCCACAACCACAAACAGCAUAUUAGAAUACCAUGUUGGUUGUACUUCACAAGCCGUGUGCAUCUAUUUGGUUCCUAUAUAAUCAUACAUGUGUCUCACAGUGUAGUCUUACAGAUAACCACGCAAUCGUUGCUUAGAUGUUCAGUACGUUUCAUGUCCGUAUUGACUGCACUGCCUGCCUCCAAAUAGUUCACCUUUUUGUGGUUUUAUUUGUCUUAAAAUCCUUCCACUACAACAUGUCUAUAGUAUUAGUUCACUGUGCUAUUGUAACCUGAGUUUGUCUACAGUGUUUUUUAAGGGUACAAAUAAUUAAAUUAAAUUAAAAACCACAAAGGUGAAAAUUAAAGAAUGGUAGGUUCCUUUUAAAAUAUGAGUUUCCUACACCAAAGACAGCAGUUGGUCUCAUUAUUGAUAGUAUUUUAUUUUAUCGUUCUAGACUGGAGGCAUUCCUUGAGACUAUCAAGCUACAUAGCAUUUAAAGCUAUUAAAGAGCUUCAGCGCUAUCUAUAAGUACUCAUCCUUGGGUCAGUCAGUUGAUCAUCACAAACAUUCUGCCCUUACUAUUUAUGGGUGACUGAGAUCCAGUAGGAAUGUUCUAACCUGUAACACUCCAGAAUGUGGUUGGUUUAAUUCAAACAGGUGUCCAGUGGUGGCUGUUCUGAGUUGUAAAUUAUCCUAAAACUUAUUGCAGGGUUAUAAAUACAUAGGAUCUGGGGUAAAAAAAUUAUUAGCCCUAUUUCUGGAAAACAGAAUGACAAUGUAAACUUGCCAACGUAUGGCAACCUGUUUUUUUAAGUAGAGAAAUCUUACAGUUCAUACAAUUACUCUUGAUCGUACAAGGGCACUGUUUGCUUUUGUAGAGAGGAUUGUGUUUCAACUGUGAAAGUAGAAAUCAUCUAACAGUGCCAGAAUGUUUGCAAGCAAUCUUAUUACUUAUUUUACUGUGAGCAAAAUGAGUAAGCAUUAAGUCAUGGAUAGACAAGCUGUGAUUCUCCACCUGCUAAAGAAAAACAACUCCCAGAAACCUUCCAACAACAAAUGACAGGAGUUAACAUUCUGCAUUAGCUGCCUGGACAAUUGAAUGCUCCUUAUCCUUGCUUUAAGCAGUACUCAGGGACAAAAUAAGCUGUGGUAGAUUAUCCACCCAUAAUACAUUCCUUAUAUUUUUAUACUUGUAGGCAGUGAAUCUACACCUGCUAUAUAUACAGUAUUGCCAACAAACCAUCAUUAAUAUGUUUUACUUCUUUUUUUUUACCAACAUUUGCUUUUUUGCCUUUUUUUUAUGGCUCACAUUUGUAUGUUUUUAGGUGCUCCCAAGUGUUAUUUUAGUUUAGCCUUUUAUGUACAUUUUUUAGUCUAUUUUGUUUUAUUAAAUUGUGUUUGCUGUACUGUAGACUUAAUUGGUUUUUGAUACAUAGUAUUUCUUAGAUAUUAACUUUUAUAGUACUUACAAUGUACAUUUGAAUCCAUAUUCACACUGCCUAUAUGUAUAUUUGUAUGAUGUAUAUGAUAUGAGACUUGCUUAAGCUCCAGGCACACCAGGGGGCAGAUUUAUCAAGGGUCGAAUUUCAAAGUGAAAAAUACUUUGAAAUUUGACCAUCGAUUAGGGUA